AAACUUAGCCCAGCCAUGGGAGAAAAUGCAAGCUUUUGGGAAAGCUUGAUAUAUGCACAUCCUACCUGCACAACUUGGAAGCAAGAGGCAGAGGGAUCUAUCUACCAUCUAGCCAGCAUUUUCUUUGUUGUUGGCUUCAUGGGUGGAAGUGGAUUCUUUGGGCUACUUUAUGUCUUCAGUUUGCUUGGAUUGGGCUUUCUCUGCUCUUCUGUUUGGGCCUGGCUGGAUGUCUGUGCUGCUGAUAUAUUCUCUUGGAACUUUAUACUGUUCGCUAUAUGCUUCAUACAGUUCAUUUAUGUUACUUACCAAGUUCGGAGUGUGUCCUUUGACAGAGAAUUCCAGGAACUCUACAGUGCUCUUUUUCAGCCCCUAGGAAUCUCCUUAACUGUCUAUAGGAAGAUUGUCUUGUGCUGUGAUGCAGAGGUGGUUACUUUGGAGAAGGAGCACUGUUAUGCUAUGCAAGGCAAAACCCCUAUUGAUAAACUGUCCUUGCUUGUAUCAGGCAGGAUCAGAGUGACAGUUGAUGGAGAGUUUCUGCAUUAUAUUUUUCCUCUUCAAUUUCUGGAUUCUCCUGAAUGGGAUUCACUGAGACCCACAGAAGAGGGUAUUUUCCAGGUAACGCUUACAGCAGAGACAGAUUGUCGAUAUGUGGCCUGGAGGAGAAAGAAGCUGUAUUUGCUGUUUGCUAAGCAUCGUUUCAUCUCACGUCUGUUCUCAAUACUAAUUGGAAGUGACAUUGCUGAAAAACUAUAUGCCUUGAAUGACAGGGUGCAAGUGGGGAAAGGAUUUAGAUACGACAUUCGGCUACCAAACUUCUACCAUGUUUCGCUUCCAGAGACACCUACAGUGAAGUCCUCUCAUCACCUACAGAGAAAUUCUCCGAGGCGGAAGCUAACGGGUGUUACCAAUUGUGACACCUCCAGGAAACAAUAGUGAGA